CAAAGCGAGCGCUACGGGAAACGGGCGACGUCCAUCCGGCCGAACCGCAGUUCAUCCACUCUAUCUAUCCACUUGCAAAAAAGAUACAAGAUACAAGAUACUUCUCCCCGUUCGUUCGUUCGUUCUGAAAAGCCAAUCAAUCGAAGCGGCAUUCGAUUUCAAAACAGCAGAAAAUCACCCAAAUCGGUUCGAUCCUCCGCGAGUGAACGUUCCUAGUGAAAGUCGGCGCAAUGGUCACCCUAAUGCCAUAUAACUACGCCGCCCCGCGAUGCGGAUUAAUCGACAAGAUGAUCGAGCCAAAGGUUAAACGUCCCAAGACAGAGCACACGGAUACACAUGAACGCAACCGCCUCUGCAAUCUGUCACAGCAGCAGCAGCAGCAACAGCAACCCCAGCAGCAACAGUCGCACCAGCAGCAGCAGCAGCAACAGCAGCAGCAGCAACAACAGCAGCAGCAGCAAUCGCAUCCCAGCACCGUGUUGGCCAGCAAUGGACCGAGUAGCGCCGGUGCCGGCAUGGGUGUCGGUGUGGGCGGAGGAGGAGGCGGCGGCGGGGGAGGGGGCGUUGUGGGGCAGUGCAGUCCGCUGGGACUGCCGCCGCAGAGCCAGCCGCUGCAGCCCACCAUCGGAUCGCUGGCCUCGCUGAGCGGACACUAUGCCAACGGGAACGCGAAUCCGAACGUGAAUCCGAGCAGCUGCAGCCUGGCCGCCGCCUCCAGCUUCUCGCAGUCGGCGGGCAGCAGCUUCUCCACAUAUCAGCAGGCGGGAGGCACUGCCUCCGGCGUGUCCGGCGAGGAUGGGGUGGUGGUGGGCGGGGCAACUGUGAUGUCGCACUGGACGCACGACGGCUCGACCGGAUCGAGUGCGGCCGUGAAGUCGGAGUCGCGCAGCCCGGGCCAGGGACACGCCUCCCUGGACAACGGAUCGGUGACCAGUGCGAAUCUCUACGGCUGCAGUUCCUCCGGGAAUCCGCUGGACGGCGGAGCUGCGGCGGCGGUCAACUCCUCGGCGGUGGCGGCGGCAGCGGCGGCGGUCUACGACGGGAAGCACGACUACUACUACUACAACAGCAUGCAGCAGUACACCCCGCCUCCGUUCUACUCCGGCUACGGAGCUCCCUACGCGGCGGCCACGGCUGCCCGCCAGGCCAAGAUGGAGCCGGGAGCAGCGGCCGCGGCGGCGGCCUACCUCACCCCGAGCUACGCCAGCGGCGGCAACAACAACUCGCAGCUGUACAGCAGUCCGUACGCGGGGUACAACAACUUCGGGCAGCAGGACUACGGCGGCUACUACAACGAGCAGUACGGCAACUACUACAGUCCGGCCAACUACUCGCCGUACGCGGUGAGCUCGCCCAGCUCGAGUGCCAGCCACGGGCACGGGUUCCACGUGGCGGCCUCCUCGAACCUCUCCGAGAGCCCCACGGACACGCACUCGACGACGCCGGUGCACCAGACGACCCACUCGCCGCACUCCCCGCUCCCGAUCUCGCCGAGCGCCGGCUCCGGACCGCUGGGACCGCUCGGCAACGUGGCGGCGGCGGCUGCGGCGGCAGCGGCCCUCAACUCCAGCGGCGGCAGCAGCGUGGGCACCUCGGGAUCGGGGGGCGUGGCGAGCAGCAAGACCACGCCCACGGGCAAGACGGGAAGGGCGCGCGGGAGGCGCCACCAGCAGCCGAGUCCCACGAGGAGCACGGCCUCGGACACCGGGAACAGCGAGGCCGUGAAGCCGCCGGAGCGGGUGUUCGUCUGGGACCUGGACGAGACGCUCAUCAUCUUCCACACGCUGCUGUCGGGCAGCUACGCCAACCGGUACACCAAAGACCACAGCUCGUUGAUGACCAUCGCCUUCCGCAUGGAGGAGAUGGUCUUCAACAUGGCCGACACGCACUUCUUCUUCAACGAGAUCGAGGAGUGCGACCAGGUGCACAUCGACGACGUCAGCUCCGACGACAACGGGCAGGACCUGAGCGCCUACAACUUCGCCACCGACGGCUUCCACACGAACACCCCGCCCGGCGCCCCGCCCAACCUCUGCCUGCCCACCGGCGUGAGGGGCGGGGUCGACUGGAUGCGCAAGCUCGCCUUCCGCUACCGCAAGAUCAAGGACAUCUACAACAGCUACCGGGGAAAUGUUGGCACUCUGCUGGGACCCGGAAAGCGCGAGGCCUGGCUGCAGAUCCGCUCGGAAAUCGAGGUGGCCACGGACAACUGGGCCACGCUGGCGCUCAAGUGCCUGAGCAUGAUCUCCCAGCGCGAGAACUGCGUCAACGUGCUGGUCACCUCCACGCAGUUGGCCCCGGCGCUGGCCAAGGUCCUGCUCUUCGGGCUGGGCGGGAUCUUCAACAUCGAGAACAUAUACAGCGCGCACAAAAUCGGCCAUGAAACCUGCUACGAGCGGAUCGUGACGCGCUUCGGACGCAAGAGCACCUACGUGGUGAUUGGGGAUGGCAACGAGGAGGAGACCGCCGCCAAGGCCAUGAACUUCCCCUUCUGGCGCAUCUCCGCCCACAGCGACAUUCGCGCCCUCUACACUGCCCUCGACAUGGGCUUCUUAUGAAAGGCCAAACUCUAAAUGUAAUGGAUCUUACAGCCAUCUUAGCCCAUCAUAAUCCUCGGCAGCGAAGCGUUUUGAGUACAAACAGCGAAAUGUUUAACUAAUUUAUUUGAUGUGUAUGUGUGUGUGGGUGCGAGACAGGCAGCGAAUGCAAACCGCAAACUGCAAACUGUAAACCAGCGCAAAAUAAUUUAAUUAUUUUGUUUGAACGAUUAUACUUUGACGCCAAGACUUUUUGUAUUAUAUAGUUUUAAAACACCUAAUCAACGGUCGUAACAAUUCUCGCCCGAAGUUGUUUCACGUGUGUAAUUAACGAACUAACGAUAUACGUAUUUAGCACCUUAGAGUAGCAAACAAUAUCUGGCCGAUACCGAGGCAGUAUCUCCUGGCGGGAGAGGCGCACUCACAGGUCGAUCGGAGCAAACACAACAAAAACUAGUUUAAAGUUCUUAGUUUAAAGCAAAAGCAUAACUAUAAUGAUUAUAAAUAAUUCGACAAAGCCGUAGUAUUCAAAUUUUAAAUAACUAUUAUAUAGCUGCAUAUAUUAAACUAUAUUUAAAAUAUAAAACCAAGUAAUAAAAGAGCAAAUCCAACAACAACGCACUCUAUUAAAGCAUUAA